AUGUCAGCACUCCCUCCGCCUCUCUCCAACAUUGCUACCCCCGAUACCGUUCCGAUCGGUGCCCUAUUCGUUAAUCCCCAGGACCUCUACGAGGAUCUUCAUGACUCCUUCCCCACCCGUACGGACCUUCCAACAUCUAUCGUCAUCAAGCCUUUUGGCAUCUACAAGACCAGCUCGACGAUGAAUAAAACCUCGAAGCUACGUUCUACUCUAGUUGACUUACUAGCUCAUACCCGUCACUCUACCGACACCUCUGCUAGUGAGCUCUCUGCCUCGGAGGGCGAGCGUCACACUAUAUUGAGCCAUCCUGAGUUUGUAUUGGCAUGA